AUGGAAACCGGACAACCCAAAGCGGAUAAUAUUGUUGAUGUGUAUAUGUUCAUUAUUCUCGGUUAUUCUAGUUCUCUUGAUCUCAUGGCUUCAGAUAAAUCUGAUGUUUCUCUGAUUCGUUUCAAUGGAAAGAACUACUCAGCUUGGUCGUUUCACUUCAGAAUUUCUGUCAAAGGCAAAGAGCUGUGGGGACAUGUUGAUGGCAGUAACCUUGCUCCUGACAGAAACAAAGACAAAGACCAGUACACCAAGUGGGAAGUCAAGGAUGCUCAAGUCAUGGCAUGGAUCCUAGGAUCUGUCGAACCCAACAUCAUCUUGAAUCUUCGAUCUUCUAAGACUGCAGCCGAGAUGUGGACUUACCAACAAAACACUGCUCUUCAUUUCCAACUUGAACAUGAAUUGGAUGCUCUACAACAUGAUAGUCUCUCUAUUUCUGAUUUUUACUCUAGUUUCAAUAAUCUUUGGGCUGAAUACACUGAUAUAGUUUAUGCUACAUUACCAUCCGAAGGUCUUAGUUUUGUUCAAUCUGUCCAUGAAACUACUAAGAGGGAUCAAUUUCUAAUGAAACUGAGACCUGAAUUUGAGGGGACCAGAUCCAAUCUUAUGAAUCGAGAAUCUGUUCCCUCCUUGGACACAUGCAUCAGUGAUCUACUUGGUGAGGAACAACGUCUUCUCACUCAAACCACAAUGGAACAAUGA